ACUUGUCAGGGUUGUCCUUAUUUUAUUUACGAAGUGCUCAUUCAAAUGAAUGUAUUUAUACGGAGAGUAAAAGAAUUUGUUGUAAAGCGGAAGUCGAUAAUGAAACGAUUUUCAGGAUUGAAAGCUGUAUCGUAUAACACACUCAAGAAGGAAGCUUUGUUGGAAAGAAGAGAGAAAGGUCGAGGCCAUUCAAGUCUCAUAAGAUAUCUCUACAGUUUCUGGUCCUUUUUCCUUCGGAACAAUUUUGAUUUAGACGUUUACAAUGAGUUCAGAGAGCUUGCUAAGGAAGACGCUGCCGUAGGAUAUCGUUAUGGUCUAGAAUGUUUAUUUCGCUUUUACUCCUACGGACUCGAAACAAAGUUCAAUCCGAUUCUUAAAUUAUUUAGAUUAGCUUUUUCUAGACGGAAGCACUCAGAGACUACGAUUCGAAUCAUUUGUAUGGAUUGGAAAAGUUCUGGGCUUAUCAAACAUAUGCCGGUUAUAAGCUCCCUCGAAAACACCCUCGCAUUAGACAAUUACUGA